CUCCAUUGCUUUCUUCCUUGCUAUCUCCAAGUCCAGCUUCCAACUGCUCUCAUCACUUCUUUAGCUCUGCUCUGUUCCCACCUGCCGUUGCAUCCAAUCCCCACUUACACAACCAAGAAUGGUCUUCAUGGCUGAUCAAUUCGACUUCUUCUCGCGGAGGUGCGCGUGGGUGAACGGUCCGAUCAUCGUCGGGUCCGGCCCCUCCGGCCUGGCCGUCGCAGCAUCCCUGAAGGAGCACGGCGUGCCCUUCGUCAUCCUCGAGCGAUCCGACUGCAUUGCCUCCCUCUGGCAGAAGCGCACCUACGACCGCCUGAAGCUUCACCUCCCCAAGCAAUUCUGCCAGCUGCCCAACUUCCCCUUCCCGGAGGACUACCCCGAGUACCCCACCAAGAAGCAGUUCGUCGACUACCUGGAGUCGUACGCCAAGCACUUCGAGAUCAGCCCCCGGUUCAACCAGUCCGUGCAGUCGGCGAGGUACGACGAGACGAGCGGGCUGUGGCGCGUGAGGACAGUCGGAACCGGCGCCGAAGCGGGCAACAGGAGCCACGAGAUGGAGUACAUUGGCAGGUGGCUGGUGGUCGCCACCGGUGAGAACGCGGAGAAGGUCGUCCCCGAGCUGGAGGGACUGGGGGAGUUCGGCGGCGACGUGACCCACGCUUGCGACUACAAGUCCGGCGAGGCCUACCGCGGCAAGCGCGUGCUGGUGGUCGGCUGCGGAAACUCCGGCAUGGAGCUCUGCCUCGACCUCUGCGACCACGACGCCUUCCCUGCCAUGGUGGUCCGCGAGUCGGUUCAUGUACUGCCGAGGGAGGUUCUCGGGAAAUCCACGUUCGAGCUGGCUGUUAUGCUGAUGAAGUGGCUGCCGCUGUGGCUGGUGGACAAGAUCCUGCUGGUAUUGGCAUGGCUGGUGUUGGGAAGCAUCUCCAAGUAUGGGUUGAGGAGGCCGUCCACAGGUCCCCUGGAGCUCAAGAACACGCAGGGGAGGACCCCUGUCCUCGACAUCGGGGCUCUCGGCAAGAUCAGAUCCGGCGACAUCAAGGUGGUCCCUGGAAUCAAGAGGUUCUCACCGGGAAGAGUUGAGCUCGCCGACGGCCAGGUCCUCGACAUCGAUUCCGUCGUCUUGGCCACCGGAUACCGCAGCAAUGUCCCUCAGUGGUUUCAGGGAUGUGAUUUCUUCUCCAAGGAUGGGUUUCCAAAGACUCCAUUCCCCAACGGGUGGAAGGGGCAGUCUGGCCUCUACGCAGUGGGCUUCACGAAGAGAGGCCUCUCUGGUGCUUCCUCAGAUGCAGUGAAGGCGGCCAAGGACAUCGGUCGGAUGUGGAGGGAGGAGACGAAGCCCGCAAAGCGGCCUGUCGCCUGCCACCGGAGAUGCAUCUCGCAGAUCUGAGGGCAUGGCUCAUCAUCUCCUGCAAAUUCUUCUCUACUUCUUUGUUUUCCUUUUUCGUGUGGCUGAGAUGGACUGUAGACUAGUGUAACAUAGAGCAGCAGAAGUGCAUGGAGCCCUCUCUCAAUGGUGCCCAAGUUUUGGAACAACAAAUGGGCCUACUGUACAGAGAACAGUUGAUGAUGAUGAGGCUUUUCUCACUUUUGUGAACUUUGUACACCCUUUCACAGCAUUACAUCAAUGGAAACACUACUAC